CUAAAGCUGCAGCUCUCAGUUGUUACAGUUAAAUCUGCCCUCUGGGACGAUUAGUGCUAGUUGACAAACACAGUAACAGUGCAAUACAGUAAAGCAACAACUGGUUUAUCGAGAUAGGUUGACAUACUAAGAAAGGCUUUUGUUGUAUUAAUUAACAAUGAGCAGCUGCAAUUCUAAGUUUAAAAAGGUUUUUUUUCUAGGAAGUGCGCAAUCAAGCUGAUUUACUUUCAGUGGGCGAAUAUUAAUUUCUAACUACAUUUUCGAUUCGUUAGGCACAUAGAAACAAAAUUAAAAUAACACCGUUUAUUUCUGUUGUUACUGAAGACACCGCUUUUAUUUUGUUAAUAAAAUGACAAGCCCGUCAGUCGAUAAAGAAUUGCAGGAGAGGUUGAGGGAAGCGUCUGCUAUCGGGGAUCUGGAAGAGGUACAAACGCUAGUCCAGAGCGGAGUUCAUGUCAACUCGCAAAAUGAAAUAAAUGGAUGGACUUGUUUGCAUUGGGCAUGCAAACGAAAUCAUAGACAGAUAGUGUCCUAUCUGUUAAGUGCAGGUGCUGACAAAGACAUUUUUACUUCAAAAGGAGAGACAGCAGUCCAGCUAACUUCAAAACCUGAUAUCAGAAAACUUCUGGGAGUAGAAGAAACUGAAAUAACAGAAACAAAGGAAACAGAGUUGCCAAUCAUUCCAAACUAUCUAGCAAAUCCCCCAUUCCCUUAUGUUAAGACUGAAACGACUGAUCUAUCGGAACCCCACAACGCACCCCACAGUGGAACGACUUGCAUAUCAGAAGAAUCUGAGUAUGACAGCCAUUCUUCCCCUGCAAUAUCCCCGGAUCCGAGCCUCCACUCUGACACAGAUGCACAAAGUGUGAGCUCACAUAUACCUGUAGCUGAACAGAACGGAGUCUCCCUGCAUCCACCAGGAGCCAUGAACGGAACCGCCUCAGAACCUCACCAUAAAUACGCACAGCAGCACGUAACCCAGAACAGACCGUCUUUACUGGCCCCCAAUGGAAAUGCAAGUUCACCAGUCGCACCCACCAGACAACAGUCAAUACCUCAGCAGCUCAACAACAAUCCGAUGGGGUCCAUGCCAACGUUUCAGCCAUUCUUCUUUACUGGGGCUUUUCCGAUGAAUAUGCAAGAACUGGUGCUGAAAGUUAGAAUCCAAGACCCUGCAGUAAAAGAGAAUGACUUCAUUGAAAUUGAACUUGAUCGUCAGGAACUGACCCUCCGAGCAUUACUCCGAGUGUGCUGUCGAGAGCUUGGUGUUAGUGUUGACCAUGUGGAGAAGAUACGAAAGUUACCCAACACAAUGUUGCGAAAGGACAAAGAUGUUGCAAGACUACAAGACUUUCAGGAGCUGGAAGUAGUUGUCGAGAAAGCAGAAACCUUGUCUUUGUUAGGUGGACAAGCCUCCUUAACUGAAAGGCCUUGCUAUAAUAGGAAAGCUUCAAAGCUAACAUACUAACCUGCUACUGAUCGAUUUGUGCGGUACAUUAUUGUGUGUUUCGGGGCUCUGUGAAAGGCAAACUUCAAUCCUGUUUUAAACAGUGAAGUUUUUUUUUUUUAAAUCCUGUGUUGUUUUCACUUCCCUGUUGGUUAUCCAUUUAUGCUAUCUUGUUACAUUUCCAAAGGAGUGGUAUUGCAUUUUCUAUCAGCUACAUCAGUGGAUAACAUUGUCCUUUUUUUCCCCCAUAGUGGUGUCAGUGAAAAAUAUAAAAUGCUACAGAUUCAUUUUUAAAUUAAUGCAAGAGGGGGUAUGAAUUUACAUCACAGUUGUGUGGUAUUUAAAAAGCUGCAAGUAUGAUAUAUUGUUUAAAGCAGGGGUGUCAAACUCCAGUCCUUGAGAGCCGCAGGGAGCUAGGGAGAGUACGUAUUCAUACGAACUAAAAAGCAUUGUGAACUACAGUGAGCUGUCAUGCUUUUGGUAUCAACAUAAAAACUAUACGUACUUCUAUUAAGAUCCGAUAUAUCAUGAAUAGAAAGUUUCACGAUUCAUCGAUACACAAUGAAUUGCUACACCCCUAAUAAACAGGUGACAGUACAAACACAUUGACCUUUUGUAAAGUUUAGUUGAAGUCCCUGAAAACUUUCUGCUACUACAUUUGAGACUUUGUAAAAUAUUUAACCUUGAAAAUAUGUUAAAUGUUUUAAAAAAUAUAGAUAUUGUUUUCUAAAAAGCACCGCUGCAUAUAAAAUUAAAAAGCACAAAAACAGUUUUGGUUGGAAAAAUAUCCUAACAAAUGGUAUCUGCCCCAGUACUCCCCUCUUAUUUUGUGUCUGCCUCUGCUUCCAAACACACAAGAAAACCCACUCAUAAAUGAUAUUUAGAGUUUCAAGGUUGCGUAGCUUCAAACACUAUUUCAGUUACCUUUCCCCUUCACUUUGGUUAUGUUCGAAAUUAUAUUGUAUGAUUAUGAGUUCUGUGGCUCCAAUACUGACUUUGAAAAAGCUUUUUUUAAAAGCUGUAUUUCAUAGUCUAAAGCAAAUAUUACUCAUCAAAAAGAGGAAUUAACAUCUUGAUUUCAAUACAUGAACAAUGACACAAUGUAUUGGACUUUUAAAGUUGCUAUGUUAAUAGAAUUUAUAGGGUUCUUGCAUGUAUAACAGUUUUAUUUGCUGUCAUAUAACUACUGUAAGUAUACUAGAAAGAUAUCAAUAUGUAGAUACACAUGUUGUUUAUCUUCCCUGCAAUUAAUAGGUGAUUUUUAAUUGUAAAACAUAUAAAAAAAAUCUGCAAGUAAAAGAUAUCCUAAUCAUGCACAGCAUUUGUAGCAGAAGUUUAAAAUAGAAACUGUUGUUUUUGUCCAUCCUUUUACAUAACAUUACAUGUCCGUUCUACAUUUUUAAAUGUGAUUAUUUAUAUGAUUAAACAUGUGAAAGUGUUGGAUGUUAAACGACAAAGUUGAUCUGUGUUUAGAUUGGAAGUUUUCAGUUUUUUGUUUGCAAAUGUUAAAAUCAAGAAGCCGUUUAACAUUGCCAAGUGGCCUCUUGUGUCGUUACCCUGUGACCUGUAAUAGGAUUAAAUGCUUAAAACUAUGAAUCAUAUAUAUAAAUUCAAAAACAAAAUAACUAGAUUAUUAUUUUUUUUAAUUGCUUUUACUACCUUUUUUUAAAAUCAAUGAGUUACUAAUGUUUUGGUCUUUACACUGUGAGGUAUCCACGAGAGAAGUGAAUUUCUAGUGAAAAUGUCUGUGUACUUGUGUGGAACUGAUGGAGGCUCACGGUUCCCAAGCUAGCGUGGUUCUAGAGCUUCCAUUACUAGAGGCGAGCAUUUUCCAACAUGGCAGGUCACUGACUGUUACACUGCUGCAUUUUGACGGAAUGGCAAUUUUGUUACAAAUGUCACAAAGGUGAGGCAUCUUUAUAAUGUGUUUACAAGUGGGUUUACAUUUAAUUUAAUGUGGAGUGAACUGGGAUUUUUUUUUAUUUUUGUGAAAGUUGCCUUUUAGAUAUUUUUAAGCAGAAAAGCACACUUGUUUAAAUACUGGUUAGAUGGUCAAUUAUUGCUGUAGCGACCAAUCAUAUACAGCUUGUACUGCUGCUCAUGUAUCUGUUUCUCAGGUUUAAUAUAGUUUAUUUUGUGUUAUUGCUAACUUUAAUAUUACAAAAUAAUGUUAGAAUUUCUUACUAAAAUCUGAGUAAGAUUCACCAACAGUACUACACAUGUUCAGAUACCUUUUUUAUUGGAUUUUGUUUAAACAAGAGAGCAAGUGCACAUAACAUAGAUAAGCUACAUUUAACUUGUUCAUCCGCUGUGCAUUUUAAUUUGCUUAGUAUCUUACUUUCACUAUAUACAGUAAGUGCUUGUAAUACUCUUACUGGAGGUAACAUGCAUUAUUUACCAGACGACGGUACUUAAUUUAAAGGGUAAUAUUUAGUGUAAACUUUUACCACAUGAAAUGUAUACAUAUAGUACGAUUUAAAAAAAAAAAAAUAUAUAUAUAUCUAUAUAUACCACUAUUACAUGCAUUUAGUGAAACCCUUUAUUAUUUGCUGGUAGUUCCAGUUGAUUCUAAAGAAUAUCCUUUUAAUAGUAUUUAAUUUCUUCUUUAUCCAUUAAGCAACUAAAAUAAAACUGCAUAAGGUAUUACCUGGUGCAAAUACUACUACAGUAACUGCACUGUGACACGACAGUACAUUCCAAUUCUGUCAAGUGCAAUUAUUUGGAGGUAUAUAAAGGAAAAGUUGAUAGUAGAUAUAUUUAUUUUUUUGCCUAAGAAGGUUGUAGUAUAUCGUAAGAUGGGAAUGAAUAAGAAUGUAUUAAUUUGUUUCUGUUAACACUACUAUUACAUUUGUACAAGGUAAUUAUAUAUAUACUCUUAUUCAGUGCAGAGAGAUCAUUAACCCCUAUCAUCGAAAUCCUAGGCUUUCCUAUUAACAGCUAUCUUCCAAGUAAGGUCUCAAAUUAGGUUGGAUUGUGUUUUGUGUCUUCCUUUUUGUGUUGAGCCCUCUCAGGUGGAUGACCAGCAUUGAUAGAAGAACAGAAUCACUGUUUAUAGAAAUUAACCUGGUAUUCUGAUGAUGGAGACAUUAAUGUAUGAUCACACUUUAACCAACACGCAGAAUGGCAGCAAUUUUGUUUUUAAACAAUAGAGAAUAGGUUUAAAACUCGCAAGCCAGUAAGCAAAACUGACAGGCUGCUUCGGUUCUACAUACACUGUCAGAGGAAUGUAUUUAAAUAGACUUUGUUCCAUUAGCAAGAAGUGUAAAUGGUUAAUAACAAGCUACUCCAUUCUUCAGAAGAAAGGCUGACAUGUCUAUACACUUGCUGAACCUUUCUAGUGUCAGCCAUUCAUGUACUGGUGACACUAACUGGUUCGCCAUAAAACUACAACAGUGAACAAUGUACUAAUUAUUAUUUAUGUACAAUGAGUAGAACGUUAUUGAUGACUUAACCUAUGCAUUCAAAGACUGAUAUUUUUAUAUGUCUGAAGUAAUUUGAUAAAUUCUUAGGCACUUUUUAACCUGUGUUAAUUAUUGACCUAUUCUGUUAAAUACCUGUUGUUUUAAAUAAAGCAUGAUAAACAAAACAAA